AUGGCCGCUGGUAUGGAUAUGUCCCUUGACGAAGUCAUCAAGAAGUCCGCGGCUGAGUCCGCCGCUCGCCGCCGCCCAAGGUAUCCUCUCUCAGGCCUUGGUCCCGACCGCCGCAUCUCAACAUUCAGGGUUUUGGUUGGUUGGAGAAGGGGUUUAGGGUUCUGUUGUUUUGAUUUUGAUUGUGAGAAUGUGAAGAAUGAUUUGCAGGUUGGAAGGCAAAUGUUGCAAGGGAGUGUUGUUCCUGGUGUUGGACUGGUUAUGGGUCACGGAGCUGGAGUUGGAGCUGAACCUGACACUGAAACCAAACUCUAUAUUUCUAACUUGGAUUAUGGUGUUUCCAACGAAGAUAUUAAGCUGCUGUUUGCAGAAGAGGGCGAGUUAAAGAGAUACUCCAUACAUUAUGACAAGAGUGGAAGAUCAAAGGGGACAGCAGAAGUUGUCUUUGUGAGGAAGUCUGAUGCUCUAGCAGCCAUGAAGAAAUACAACAACAUGAAGCUUGAUGGGAAACCAUUGCAAAUUGAGCUUGUUGGAACUACCGUCGUACCAGCUCCUGAUGUUAGACCUGUUGUUCAAAAUAGCAUAUUGGGAAAACCAAGUAACUUCUUUGUAUGUGGACAAGGAACGGUCGACGAUAGAAGUUUCCAGAAUGGCAUUUUAGGGGACUACCAUCGAACAAUCCAGAAUGGCAUUUUAGGCGACUACCAUCGAAGGGGCCUUAGUGACAGGAUUGGAGGGAAGAUCCCUAUUGGAAGGAGGGUGUCUUCUAGAGAUCUUGAUGAUGAUUUGGAGAGGUAUAACCAACGUCCAAGAGGUGGUCCAAGAAGCAGAGGCCGCAGAGAAACAAGGGACCAAAAUAAUGGAAAGCUAUCUCGUAAAGAUCUUGAUGACGACUUGGAGCGGUAUCGCAUGGAGGCUAUGCAACUAAAAAAGAAAAAUCCAAACUGAUGUCUGUGUUUAAUAGCUAGAAUGACUAAACAGCUCUGGUUAUGCAAUCUUACUUCUGCUAGUGUAAAUAAAUAUAUUAGACUGCUGUUUCUGCACUUCGUUUCAAAACAUUUAACAGAUUAGUACCUCACUGGUUCAAUACCCCUAUAAAAGGGUACAUACGUCCAUAGCAGAUAUAAUACGACUAAGUAUUAUUUUUGAGUUCAGUGGACAGAGAGAAAGGAGAAAUGCUACCCAUUGGCAUUUUACGACGGAAAAGAUCUAUGAUCAAAAUUGGCAUUUGCAUGUCAAUUGAUGGUCAAAUGCCAGUAAAAGAAAUGCAAUUUAAUUGCAAGUUUUG